CCAAAAUCAAAAUCCUAGGGAUCUCCGAGACAGCUUUCAAACGUUGAGGUCAUAAUCACAUUUCAUGUCGCAUAAACAAUACCAUUAAUCCAUCAAUCAAAAUCUCACAAGAACAAAGGCCUACCCGUUCCAAUCCCAUCUAAGUUUUGGCGCGUUGCCACCAGAAGGUAGACAAAAAUGCCUCUGCCAGAACCUGGAACCCUCCACAUCUUUAUUAUUUAUUUAUUCUUUAAUUUUAGAACGGCCUCCGAUACACUCUUCUAGAAGAUCCCUCGCUUGAUCCCCCCUCUCUAAUCUCUAUCCUCUCCGGUGCAUAUUCUUUCUGACUAUUGCUACUGCUACCGCAAGUAUUGUCUUCUCUUCCUCACUAUCUUAAACUUAAGCCAAUAUUAUAGAAAUGUAAUUGUCUUUGUUCUUUAUUCAAAACUUUGCAAUUCUCAUUUGUUUUCUCCCCUUUCGCUAUCCCUAAAUUAUGAUUUACCCUGCAAUUUCCUCUCUAAGCCCACCAUUUAUGGCGUUUUUGCCAAAGUUGAAUAAACUGCAGCGAAAAACUUCUUUACGGACGCCAUACUCAAGACGAAUCGUUUGCUUCCAAAGCCAAAACCAAAACCAAAACCCCAAUGCAAUUGAUAAACCUAUGUUAUUGAUGAAGAAGAAGAAGCGGAAGACGGUGGAAAAUGAGAAAGAAAAUGGUAAUGGUAAUGGUGGUCCUUCUGCUCCUUCUUCGGAAGUUAGAAGGAGAGGAAUGUUGUUAUUGUGUGGUGUUGGUUAUUGGGUUCAAGGUUUCAGGUGCUUUCCAUGGCUUGCUCUUAAUUUCCACAUGGCUAACAGCCUCAACUUGAAUCCCUCAACGUUGCAACUUGUGCAGUAUUCUGCUAAUCUCCCAAUGCUCGCUAAGCCCCUUUAUGGAAUCAUUUCUGAUGCCAUCUACAUUGGUGGCGCUCACAGGAUUCCCUAUGUUUCUCUUGGAGUACUUUUGCAGGUCAUCUCUUGGGGUCUUCUGGCAUCAGGCCCUGCAGCACGGGAAGUGCUUCUAAACUUGAUUGCAUGCGCGCUUCUCAGUAAUUUAGGUGCAUCCAUUACAGAAGUAGCAAAGGAUGCACUUGUAGCAGAAUACGGAAUGAAGCAAAAAAUAUGCGGCCUACAGUCAUAUGCAUUCAUGGCCUUAGCUGGAGGUGGAAUUGUAGGCAACUUGAUUGGUGGUUUCUUCUUACAGAAGAUGCCUCCCAGAAUUAUGUUCAUCAUAUUUUCUUCUCUAUUGUCAUUACAACUAGCAAUUUCUUUAUCCACAAGAGAGGAGUCUCUAGGCAUAGAACUUUCAGAUCGAAAUCUUACUAUGAAGUGCAUUGCAGAGGAUAUAAGAAAACAAGCAUAUGAUCUCAUCAUGGCUAUUAGUGACGUAUGCAUCUUGCAUCCACUUAUAUGGAUUGUUGGAUCAAUUGCCAUGGUACCUAUGCUUUCAGGCUCUAUCUUUUGCUAUCAAACACAGUGUUUAAAACUUGAUCCUAUGAUAAUUGGGCUAUCAAGAGUGACUGGCCAGAUGAUGCUUCUUUCAGCUACUGUGCUCUAUAACCGUAAAUGGAAGAAAGUAGCAAUGAGAAAACUGAUAGGCUUGGUGCAGAUUCUAUAUGCUUCAUCCCUACUUCUUGAUCUCAUUUUAGUGAAGCAGAUAAAUGUAAAAUUGGGAAUUUCCAAUGAGGCGUUCACUUUUUGUUUCUCCGGUUUGGCCGAAAUUUUGGCACAGUUUAAGCUCCUUCCAUUUUCAGUGUUAUUUGCAACUUUAUGUCCCAAGGGUUGUGAAGGAUCUCUCACCUCUUUCCUUGCAUCAGCUUUGUGUCUAUCAUCAAUAGUUAGUGGGUUCUUGGGUAUUGGGUUGGCAUCUCUCCUUGGCAUUACGUCGGGUGAUUUCUCAGGCUUGACUACUGGAAUUCUUUUACAGUUUGUCGCAGCUUUAGUACCUUUAAGAUGA